AUGGGCAGCGUGCGGGGGCCCCGCGGGGCCGCCCUGCGGGCGCUGGUGUCGCUGGCCGCCGGGCUGCUGGCCUGCGGCGGGGCCAGCGAGUACGACUACGUCAGCUACCAGUCCGACCUGGGCCCCUACCCGGGUGGGCGCUUCUACGCCAAGCCCCACCAGUGCGUGGCCAUCCCUGCCGACCUGCGGCUCUGCCACAGCGUGGGCUACGACAAGAUGGUGCUGCCCAACCUGCUGGACCACGAGACCAUGGCUGAGGUGAAGCACCAGGCGAGCAGCUGGGUGCCGCUGCUCAACAAGAACUGCCACAUGGGCACCCAGGUCUUCCUCUGCUCCCUCUUUGCCCCCGUCUGCCUGGACCGGCCAGUCUACCCGUGCCGCUGGCUCUGCGAGGCCGUGCGCGACUCCUGCGAGCCCGUCAUGCAGUUCUUUGGCUUCUUCUGGCCUGAGAUGCUCAAGUGUGACCAGUUUCCCCAGGAUGACGUCUGCAUUGCCAUGACGGCUCCCAACGCCACCGAGGUCUCCAGGCCCAAAGGAACGACUGUGUGCCCCCCUUGUGACAACGAGAUGAAGUCGGAGGCCAUCGUGGAGCACCUGUGUGCCAGCGAGUUUGCUCUUAAGAUGACCAUAAAGGAAGUGAAGAAGGAGAACGGGGACAAGAUGAUCGUCCCGCGGAAGAGGAAGGCGCUGAAGCUGGGGCCCAUCCGGAAGAAGAACCUGAAGAAGCUGGUGCUGUUCCUGAAGAACGGCGCUGACUGUCCCUGCCAUCAGCUGGACAACCUCGGCCACUACUUCCUCAUCAUGGGCCGCCAGGUGAAGACCCAGUACCUGCUGACGGCCAUCUACAAGUGGGACAAGAAGAACAAAGAGUUCAAGAAGUUCAUGAAGAAGAUGAAGUCUCCCGACUGCCCGACGUUUCCGUCCGUCUUCAAGUGAUGUGGUGGGCGGCGGGAGAGCCGCCGCCUGGACCUCGCGCAGCCCGGCACGGCGGCUCGGUCUCGCUGCUCUGCAGCAGGGACGCUGGAGCCGAGCCCUCCUGCUCCUCCCUCAUGCUCCUUGGAGCUUCCCUCGCUGACCCCAGCUCUCCCACAUCCCUGCUGCCGGCAUUUGCCUGAUGGCCUGGGCAUGCAAGCGUGACGCGCGUGCACCAAACAGGCACUGAGGUCACACGCGAUUAGCGUCCGCAAUAUCCAAAGACCUAUUGCUGUACGGAUAUGUACAUUCAUUUAAAUAGCAGCCAUCAGGUAAAGAGGGCAAGCAGAGGGGUGUGAAGUUAUGUCAAGAGAUUACACGCUUGCAGAAAGGACCCUUGUGACCAUGUUACUCCUGUCUUCGUGGCUGCAGGAUUGCCCUAAAUUAAUUCCUGUUUGAACCAGAGCCGGCCAAUUAGAAAAACAUUCCAUCCUCACUAUAAAAGUUAAUAAACGAGUAGUGGAGGACCCGUUACAACCUCUGAUAAAACCUCCUAGUAGCUAAUUGCCCUCACUGUAAAAAAAAUCCCAUUGUAGUCUAAACCUGCUUAGUUUAAGCCUUAACCCUGGGGUCCUUGUGAUACCUUGAUCGGCUGGAUCGGGGAGCCCUCCCUUACCAGCAUCUCUUGUAAGGUGCCGCCGGGACGCCUGCCCUGCCCUCUGCCAUGCCGAGCCGAGCUGGCUGAGCCCCUCGAGCCCGGCGCCAUGCUGCUCCUUCUCCAGCCUCUGAGUCUCUCGCGGCCCUGCCCGGUUCAAUGGUGCGGCAGCCCUGCCGCGGCUGCGGAGCCAGUGGCAGAGGGGGGCUGCCUCCGGCCUCGCGCGGACCCCCAGCCGCAGCAGCGUUCAGCUGAGCGUCCCCCACCCUCACGCCUCCCGCGUCAGCCUUCCGUGGCAGAGUUCCCGUGCACGUGUGGCCGGUGCUGCUUGUGCCCAGACGUGUAAUUCAAUUUUAGCCACGUGCAAACGCAUUCCGUUUGCUGGCCAGCCCAGCAGCCCGGGACUCCCAGUCAGGGGAGAGCUCGCAGCCAGCUCCUCCAGCUUGUGUCACUCCCUAACUUUACCAGUGAUAUUUUUAUAGUUUCUUCAGGCUGCUGGCAAAACACCAGAUUGCAGAAGGCUGAGGACUUGUCGCUAUGGAGCGCCACGGGAAAUGCAUCGUCUCCGUCUUUCCCUCUUUGCAGUCGCUGUGGGACCUAUCAGUUUCUAGGUUUUUGUCUGUUUGAUGUGACAACUUGGCUUUGUAUCAUUCUGGGGUUUUUUUCCCCUAAUCAAGAUGUCGUGUUAGUAUGAGGUCAAAUAGUUUAUGAAAGAAAAGAGUAUUGCAUCCAAAUGAUUACAUUUAUCAACCAAGCUGAAAUUCAUUAUUCAGUUAAUUGGACAAGUUCUCUUUUCCGUAGACCUGUAUUGCUCCACAUUAAUUAUACUAUCCUGCUUCCAUUCAGUAUUCUCAUCAAUCACGAUUACUCUAAGAGAAUGAAUAUCUUGCGAUCUGAGAUAAUCCUGUUGUAUUGCAGUUAAGUGGAAUAACAAAUCCUCAUUUUUGAGGUUUAAAGCAACCCCACUCAAAGCUGGUAAAUUAAUUAUUCUUUCAUUGGGAGUGCUGUUUAUUCCCCACGUGGGGACAGAGCCACAGACUUGAUUGUAGAAGAAUUCUGUGAAGAAGCCAAGCACACUGGGGAAUGAUGUUUCACAGCUAACAGAGAGAUGGAUUUAGGACGUGAACUCUGUAGAAAGUCCCACUAGGUUGUCUUAGACCACCAUUUGUAGUAGUGUUGUUUCUUUGAUGCAAAAUUAAUCAUUGUAGAUAAUGUGCUUUAUCAGUGAAUUAAAGAAAUAAAUAAACCAUGGGCUUUAACAUCA